UUACCCCCAGGAUUGCACAAUGUAACAUCUGUAGACAUGACUCCAGGUUUCGGUCCCACAGAUGGUGAAAUAUGGACAGCUGAUCCCAACAGUGAGCCCUAGAGAAUUGGCCCCAGAACUUCAACUGCAGAUUGUAACAUCUAAUGAGUUGGCUCCUAUUUCACAGCUGGAAAGUGGGAAUUCUGUACAGUUAGCCCCAGGGUCUCAGCUUCAAGGUGUGAAAUCUAUUCAUUUUACCCUAGGAACACAACAACAAAGUGGAAAAUCUGCUGAGUUAGCCCAGGCACCACAGUUGCAAAAUAGGAAAUCGCUAGAUUUGACCCACAAUUCACAGUUGCAAGGUCUGGAAUAUGUUCAUUUGGCCCUACCAUCAAAGUUUUCAGAUACAAAAGCUGUGGAGCUGAUCCUAAGACCACCACAGGAAGAGAAGAAAUCCAUGGAGUUUGCCUCAAAGCCAUGGUUACAAGAUGAAAGAUCUAAGGAGACAGCCCCAGUACUAUUGCUUAAAGAUGUGAAAUUUCCUCAAGUGGUAGAAUGUAGAAAUGUGAUUCCUGAAACACAGGUGGAAAGUAUGAAAUAUGAGGAGCUGAUCUCAGGGGCACACAUUCAAGCAGUAAAAUCUGCAGAGCUGAACCUCAAGCCAAAUCAUCAAGCCAUAGAACCUUAA